ACUCUAGGGCUCCCGCGGCGGCCUCUCCCGCGAACAAGGGCGCGCAGGGCCUGGAGAGCGACCUGGGGCCCCUGCUCUCGGCGCUGGGGUUCGAAAGAGGGUGGUUCGCCGCCGCCCGAGGGCCAGAGCGCGAGGGGAGCGGGAAAAAGGAGCGCUCGCCCGCCUGCCGCCUCCCCGGCGCUCGCUCCCCCGGCUCCUGGGGUUGCUGGCUGCUCCUCCCACACGCGCCCGCCUCCUUGCUCGCUCGCUCGCUCGCUCGCUCGCUCGCUCGAGCCGGUUUCCGAGCCGUGCGGUGCGCCCGGGCGAGUGCGGGGCGAGGGGCCCCUGGGCCAGCGCCGAUCCGGGGGUGGGGGUCCGGGCAGAGAGCAGCGGGCCGGGGAGGGGCCAUGUCCGGCGCGGGCACCGCGGGGCCCGUCUGCAGCAAGUGACCGAGCGGCGUGGACCGCCCCCUGCACCCCUCCGCCACCUGGGGCGGCGCGGGCCCCGGUGCCGGGUGCCCCGAGCCCGGGUCGCGCGUAGAGCCGGCGCGAUGCACGUGCGCUCGCUGCGCGCCGCGGCGCCCCACAGCUUCGUGGCGCUCUGGGCGCCCCUGUUCCUGCUGCGCUCCGCCCUGGCCGACUUCAGCCUGGACAACGAAGUGCACUCGAGCUUCAUCCACCGGAGCCUCCGCAGCCAGGAGCGGCGGGAGAUGCAACGCGAGAUCCUCUCCAUCUUGGGCUUGCCCCAUCGCCCGCGCCCCCACCUCCAGGGCAAGCACAACUCAGCGCCCAUGUUCAUGCUGGACCUGUACAAUGCCAUGGCGGUGGAGGAGGGCGGCGGGCCCGACGGCCAGGGCUUCUCCUACCCCUACAAGGCGGUCUUCAGUACCCAGGGCCCCCCUCUGGCCAGCCUACAAGAUAGCCACUUCCUCACCGACGCCGACAUGGUCAUGAGUUUCGUCAAUCUCGUGGAGCACGACAAGGAGUUCUUCCACCCGCGCUACCACCACCGAGAGUUCCGCUUCGAUCUCUCCAAGAUCCCCGAGGGCGAAGCGGUGACCGCGGCCGAGUUCCGCAUCUACAAGGACUACGUCCGCGAGCGCUUCGACAACCAGACCUUCCGCAUCCGCGUCUACCAGGUGCUGCAGGAGCAGCUGGGCAGGGAGUCGGACUUGUUCCUGCUCGACAGCCGCACCCUCUGGGCGUCGGAGGAGGGCUGGCUGGUGUUUGACAUCACGGCCACCAGCAACCACUGGGUGGUCAACCCACGGCACAACCUGGGUCUGCAGCUCUCCGUGGAGACCCUGGAUGGGCAGAGCAUCAACCCCAAGUUGGCAGGCCUGAUCGGGCGGCACGGGCCCCAGAACAAGCAGCCCUUCAUGGUGGCCUUCUUUAAGGCCACCGAGGUCCACCUUCGAAGUACCCGCUCCACAGGGAACAGGCAGCGUGGCCAGAACCGCUCCAAGGCGCCCAAGAACCAGGAAGCCCUGCGGAUGGCCAAUGUCGCAGAGAACAGCAGCACGGACCAGAGGCAGGCCUGCAAGAAGCACGAGCUGUACGUCAGCUUCCGCGACCUGGGCUGGCAGGACUGGAUCAUCGCGCCCGAGGGCUACGCCGCCUACUACUGCGAGGGGGAGUGUGCCUUCCCUCUGAACUCCUACAUGAACGCCACCAACCACGCCAUUGUGCAGACACUGGUCCACUUUAUCAACCCGGAGACGGUACCCAAGCCCUGCUGCGCCCCGACUCAGCUCAAUGCCAUCUCCGUCCUCUACUUUGACGACAGCUCCAACGUCAUCCUGAAGAAAUACAGGAACAUGGUUGUCCGGGCCUGUGGCUGCCACUAGCCCCUGCCGGAGGUCGGAGCCUCUGGCGCCACCUUCUUCUGGGUCCUGCGGCUCACCGCUCAGCUCCUCCGCCCGCCUGGCGAGGAGCCAGCACACCGACUGCCUUUUGGGAGACCCUCCCGCCCCCUCCCCAACUUGACCGGUGUAGGAGCUUUAAGGAAUUUGAGAGGCAAAUGGCUUUUGAUCAGUUUUCUGUUGUCAUCCUACGGACAAGAUCCUACAAGCUGCUGCAGGCAAAACCUAACAGGAAGGAAAACAUAUAAGAGAAACGGCCAUGAUCAUGGGCGGUGGAGUCUCAGCCACGCACAGCCCGGUUCCCAGGGUGCACCCUCGGCCAGGCCACCCGUCGGGGGAGGAGGGUGCGUGGCGAGGGGUGGGCACGUUAGUGUCUGUGCUGAGAAGGAGUGACACAAAGGUUCCUGUAAUAAACGUCCCAAUAAAACGAAUGAAUGAAAA